AAUGGUUGUUGUCCUUACAGUUAGUUACCUCAAAUACCGUAUUUCCAUAACUGCCCUUUCCCUUUCUCUCUCCUCCAACUAUAUCUACUCUCUCUCCUCUUCUCUUCUCACAGUUACUUCAACAAACAAACCAUGAGAGGAACCAUUCUGCUGCAAGCUUUUUGAUUUUUCUCUUCACAAUUCCAUCUCAAUUUUUCUUAUUCAUUCUCUCUCUCACAUUGUUGUUUGUGAUUUGUGAAUUGUGAUGGAAGCUGGGGAAGAUUGUUGUGUGAAAGUUGCGGUUCAUGUUCGGCCGUUAAUCAAUGAUGAGAAGCUUCAAGGGUGUAAAGAUUGUGUGACAGUUGUUUCUGGGAAGCCUCAGGUACAAAUUGGUGCUCAUUCCUUUACGUUUGAUCAUGUUUAUGGGAGCACUGGUUCUCCCUCAUCUGCCAUGUUUGAUGAAUGUGUUGCUUCCCUUGUUGGAGGUCUGUUCCAAGGAUAUAAUGCCACGGUUCUCGCAUACGGUCAGACAGGUUCUGGGAAAACAUACACAAUGGGCACAGGCUCUAAAGAUUAUUAUCAAACAGGAAUAGUACCCCAAGUUAUGAGUGCAUUGUUUAGUAAAAUUGAGACCUUAAAGCAUCAGAUUGAAUUUCAGCUGCAUGUUUCCUUUAUCGAGAUUCUUAAAGAAGAAGUAAAAGAUUUGCUGGACCCAUCCUCUAUGAGCAAACCAGAUACUGCAAAUGGACAUGCAGGGAAAUCGCCUACUCCUGGUAAACCGCCUAUACAAAUUCGUGAGGGUUCCAAUGGCGUUAUUACCUUAGCAGGAUCUACCGAAGUCAGUGUUGCAACACUAAAAGAAAUGUCUGCAUGCCUUGAACAAGGUUCACUAAGUAGAGCAACUGGGAGCACAAAUAUGAACAACCAAUCCAGUCGUUCACAUGCCAUCUUCACCAUCACAUUAGAGCAGAUGCGGAAGCUCAACAAUCCUAGUGAGACCGGUUUAAACGAUACUAUGAAUGAAGAGUAUCUUUGUGCCAAGCUGCACUUAGUAGACCUUGCUGGAUCAGAACGAGCUAAACGAACAGGGUCUGAUGGCUUGCGUUUUAAAGAAGGAGUUCACAUUAACAAAGGCCUACUAGCACUUGGCAACGUGAUUAGUGCACUCGGUGAUGAAAAAAAGAGAAAAGAAGGUGCUCAUGUUCCUUAUAGGGAUAGUAAACUUACUAGGCUUUUACAGGAUUCACUUGGUGGUAACAGCAGAACUGUAAUGAUAGCUUGCAUAAGUCCUGCUGAUAUCAAUGCUGAGGAAACUCUUAACACUUUGAAGUAUGCAAAUCGUGCGCGUAAUAUCCAGAAUAAGCCUGUUGUCAACAGAGAUCCAAUGUCCAACGAGAUGCUUAAAAUGCGACAACAAUUAGAGCAUUUGCAAGCAGAACUUUGUACUCGUACUGGUGGCUCUUCCGAGGAGGUUCAGGUCCUCAAGGAAAGAAUUUCUUGGCUUGAAGCAGCUAAUGAAGAUCUUUGCCGUGAACUUCAUGAAUAUCGUAGCAGAUGCUCUGUUGUGGCACAAAGUGAAAAGGAUGCUUAUGAUGGUAGCAUGUGCAAUGUAAAGACAGACGGGCUUAAAAGGGGUUUACCUAUCACAACUCCUGAUUAUCCGAUGAGUGAGACAACGGGGGAUUCAAGGGAGAUUGAAGAAGUAGCUAAAGAAUGGGAGCAUACACUUCUGCAAAAUAGUAUGGACAGAGAGUUACACGAAUUGAACAAGCGCUUGGAGCAGAAAGAGUCUGAGAUGAAGCUUUUUGGAUCAUCGGAUGCUGAAACACUCAAACAGCAUUUUGGAAGGAAGAUCAUGGAACUUGAGGAUGAAAAGAGAACUGUCCAGCAAGAUAGGGAUCGUCUUUUGGCUGAAGUUGAAAAUCUUGCUGCCGGUUCCGAUGGACAAACACACAAAUCAGAGGAUAUACAUGCCCAAAAAUUGAAAGCACUUGAAGCCCAGAUUCUGGAUCUGAAGAAGAAACAGGAGAGCCAAGUUCAGCUUCUAAAGCAAAAGCAAAAAAGUGAUGAAGCAGCAAAACGCCUGCAAGAUGAAAUACAAUCUAUAAAAGCCCAAAAGGUUCAAUUGCAACAAAAGAUAAAACAAGAAGCAGAACAGUUUCGGCAGUGGAAAGCCUCUAGAGAGAAAGAGCUGCUGCAAUUAAAGAAGGAAGGAAGAAGAAAUGAGUUUGAAAGGCAUAAGCUGCAAGCUCUAAAUCAGCGCCAGAAAAUGGUCCUUCAGCGAAAGACUGAGGAAGCUGCAAUGGCCACCAAGAGGUUAAAGGAAUUGUUAGAAGCUCGUAAAUCUUGCAGCCGAGACUCUUCAGUUAAUGGGAGUGGAACAAAUAAGCAGAGUAACGAAAAGUCCUUGCAACGAUGGCUUGAUCACGAGCUAGAAGUCAUGGUAAAAGAGCACGAAGUUCGUUUUGAGUAUGAGAAGCAGAGCCAAGUGCGAGCUGCUCUUGGAGAGGAGUUAGCGAUGCUGAAACAAGUAAACGAAUUUGCUGCCAGUGGUCUCAGUCCUCCAAGGGGGAAGAACGGAUUCGCUAGAGCAUUCUCCAUGUCGCUGAAUGCAAGAAUGGCAAGAAUAGCUUCACUGGAGAACAUGCUGAGCAUAUCAUCUAAUUCACUUGUGGCAAUGGCUUCUCAACUAUCUGAGGCAGAAGAACGAGAUCGGGCAUUCAGUAACCGUGGACACUGGAACCAGUUGCGCUCGAUGGGAGAAGCCAAGAUUUUGCUUCAAUAUAUGUUUAAUUCUCUUGCAGAUACUAGGUGUCAACUGUGGGAGAAAGACAUGGAGAUAAGAGAAAUGAAAGAUCAAAUCAGGGAACUUGUAGGCCUAUUAAGGCAAAGCGAGAUCAAGAGAAAGGAAGUUGAGAAGGAACUAAAAGUGAGAGAGCAAGAUGUUGUAGCCACAUUGGCCAAGCCAGCUUCGGGAAACCCACCAAAUUCAUUGAAACACUAUGCCGAAGACAUCAAUGAACCUUUAUCUCCUGAGUCUGUGCCAGCGUCGAAACAACGCAAAUAUACACCAGGCAUUGCUAAUGGUCAAACGAGGGAAUCAGCAGCAUUUAUAGAUCAAACUAGAAGGAUGGUACCCAUUGGGCAACUGUCAAUGAAAAAACUAGCAAUUGCAGGACAAGCUUCUGGCAAGCUUUGGAGGUGGAAAAGGAGCCAUCAUCAGUGGCUGCUACAAUUCAAAUGGAAAUGGCAGAAGCCGUGGAGACUUUCUGAACGAAUUCGACACAGUGAUGAAACAAUCAUGAGAUCAAAGCCGCGUUCACAGGCUUUGCCUCAGAUUAUGUGAAUUUGAUCGUUUUUGUGUGAUCAGCCAUUUGCAGUGGCUCAGUUUUCACUAUCUUACCUACAACAACGGUCCUAGUCACAACACAUUAGAAAGAACAUUAAACUAGGCACAGUGUGAUGUAAAUGGUUGCUAACAAUAUAUACCCUUAUCAGUCUUGGUUAGUUCCACCAAAAUCACAAAAAUGUUUCCGUAGUUGCAGCAUAUGAAGCAUCUUGUGAGUGUGUUGAAAUGUUGCCCUCGACAGUUAUCAAAUAAUUGAGCAUUGAAGAUAGUUGCUUGCUUGGCGUCAUUGGAAGACAUAUUUCCGAAAAAUUAUAUCGGAAAAUUGUCUGUCCAUAUACCAGCCUUAGAUGGAAAAAAAGGAAAUACUGUAUUUUUUGUUUGAUUCCUUAGUCCUUAGUGUUAAGUAUCUAUUGUUUUACUUUGUUUGAUUCAAUCAUUAUUUUUGUUGAUAAAAAUAAUGUAGCAUUCCUGUCACAUAGUAACAGAAGGAAGUUCUUCUGUAUUUUCCUUGUGUGUAAAUUAACAUAAGUUAGUGUCUUGUAAAAGUUUGUAGCCACCAUAACGGAUUUUGUUGUAAAAGGAUGUUUGUUUUUUGGACUGCUUGUUGUAAAAGGAUGUUGAUAAAUGAUGUUUGCACUUAUUAAUUAGUUAUAUUUUUUCUCCA